AUGGCUACCAGUAUCGUCGCCUAUCUCCUAUCGCGAUCGGCUUUUGUUGGCAUUCAUGUCGUUUAUCUGUAUUGGUUGAACUUCAUUUUCAACGACCCGUUCGGUGUUGGUGGGAAUACUAUGGAUGCGAGAGAAAUCCUCCCAUACGGGGAGUGUACACAUUUUGACCCGGGGGCUUUCGUCGCGAACAUCGGCUCAUUUCUGAUAUUCUCGGUGCCGCAUUCUCUGCUGGCCAGAACUGCAGUGAAAAAGCGCCUUGGUCUAUACAACAAGCCAUACGAGAGACCUCUGUUCGCCUUCAUGAGCCCGAUAACUUGGUUCCUUAGUAUCCACACCUGGACUCCCUUUGACAACUGCGCUCGAUUCGAUAUCACCAACAUCAGCGCCGCUCAAGUCCUCGUGUUUGGUGGUAUAUUCCUUCUGGCUAACUUGUAUUUACUUGGUCUCCUGUACACUCUGCCAGAUCAUAUCCUUGGGACCAGUCAUUAUAAGUAUUGCGAGGGUGAAAAGCAUGCUCAUAAGCUGCUGACGAACUUCCCUUAUAAUCUGGUUCGUCACCCAUCGUCCGCGUCCUUCUUAUGGAUGUAUUGGGCCCUCCCAGCGUACACUGGUAACCAUCUUCAGCUCGCCGCGUUAUGGACCAUCUACAUCAUACCGGCCACGCUGUUAUUCGAAGAGGGUGGCCUUAGGGGACCCACAGGGGAGUUUGGUGAAGCUUAUGAAGAAUACGCUAGUAAGGUGAAUGCCUUCACCCCGAGCAAGUAUUCUAUCGCCACUAUUUUCGGUUGUCCGAUGGGGAUUAAAGCCAACGGCAAAAGCGCGUAG